CUCGUACUGAAGAGGAGUGGAUCAGCGAAGUGAGCGAAGCCUCAGAUCUGAUUCGGCCGUACGGAUACCGCCUCGCCUUAACGUGCGCGCCCCCAUCCACCCGGCCGCCAUGGGCCUGCUCGACCACCUCUGGGACGACACCGUCGCCGGGCCGACGCCGGACAGCGGCCUCGGGAAGCUCCGGAAGCACAACACCUUCAGCUUCCGAUCGAACUCCGGCAAGGAGUUGGAGGCUGCGAGCGAGAGAUCCUAUGGCGAUGACGCGUCUCAGGAAGCGAUGAAGAAGGUGACUCGGAGCAUCACGAUAGUGAAGCCGCCAGGAUAUCAGUCCGGUUCGCCUCCGGUUUCUCCGGCCGGAUCGGCUACUCCUGGUUCUCCUUUUUCAGGAAGCAGAGAGCCCUUUCGGUUCCGGAGAAGAUCUGCGCCGGACGCGUAUGAGAAGGCAGGCGAAGUUGGACCAAAAGGCGCCCCUCCUGUUUAAGUCGAGCGACAUAUGACCUUUUGUCCCUCGGGCGGACAUGGCGGAGAUCUUAGGUUUGCUGGGCUCCUCUAAUGUGUUAAGAGGAUGUCCUUAUUAAGGCGUGGAAGCUCCGGGAUCGAGCGUCACCUAGAGCUAGCUAGCUCAUAGAAUGUUGGCUGUAAUGAGGCGUUGGUGAAGAGUGUGGUUUGUGCUUUGUAGAUGUAGUCUCGUGUCUUUGCUUGCUCCUUGUAAUCUCUAUCAAGCUUUAAUAAGAGCCGCUGUAUUUCCCUUUA